AUGAUAGAAGAUGCAGACGAUUCUUAUAAUGUAGACAAUGAUUUAGCAACAAUAUGCAACUUAGUGGGCACGCMACAUCUAUCUGAAAAUUCGGUUUCGACUGAAAAAUCUUUGGACUGUCGUAUUAUUGAAAAAGGUGAAACUCAUAUUGAUACAAAAUUACCCGUAAAAGUUGAUAUUGUAGAAACUAUGCAAAAUUCUGAAAAAAUUGAUGAAGAAGAAAUAAUAACUUGGUUAACUUGUGCAGGUCAGUUGAAAUUACUUAUUAAUGAAAUGAAGGAAUGCGAUUUUCUUUUGGAUAAAAUUAAAACUGAAACAUUUCCCAACCCAGUUUUAUUUUUAAUUAAUGGCGUUCAGAAAGUAAAAACUAUUCAAAACAUAGCUGACAUUUUUUUUAAACAUGCAUCAGAUAUUUUAACACAAACUACCAGCAAUAAUGCGACUGAUAUUUUAUAUGAUCAAACCGAAUACAAUGGCUUAAUCGAUCAUGAUCCAGGUAAACGAGAAAAAACUGUAACUAGUUCACAGAGACAUUAUUUAAUUUCAUUAGGACCUCAUCAGCCUAAACUUACAUCAUAUCCCAGAAACGAAAGUAUCAGUACGAACAAACAACGGCAAUUUUCUUCACGUUGGUAUAUUGAGUUUCCUUUGUUGGAAUAUAGUGUUGAAAAAGACUCGGCUUAUUGCUUUGUAUGCUUUUUAUUUCCAAAUGGUCCGGAUCGAGAAUUUUCUGAUAAUGCUUGGGUCACUGAAGGCGUUAGGGUUUGGCACAAAAUGAAAAGUAGGGGUAAAAAUAAACCAGGGAAACUUUCCGAGCAUUUCUCUUGUUUAGCUCAUAAAGCUGCAUUAAGAGACUACUGUAAUUUUAUGAAGACAUCUUGUCAUAUUGAUGUUUUAUUUGAUCAAGCAAAUCGAGAAAAGUCAAUUCAAAUUCAGCAUGAGCGCGAGUAUAAUAAUCAAGUUAUUAAAAUUCUUAUGGAAACAGCUCGUACGUUAGCUCGGCAAGGGUUGGCAUUUAGAGGAGAUGGUGAUGAUAAAAAUGGGAAUUUCAUUCAAAUCAUAGAAUUAAUUUCCAGACAUUGUGGAAUUAUGAAAAGAUGGUUGGAUAAUAAAUCUAUGAGACCAUAUCAUGUGACCUAUCUCGGUUCUAGAUCUCAAAAUGAAUUCAUAGAACUUCUAUUUUCAGAAACUAGAAAUCGAGUAAUCGAAGAGGUAAAAAAUGCGGAAAUUUAUUCAGUUCUGGCAGACACGACUCCUGAUAUUACCCAUCAAGAUAGAUUGGCGUUAUGUGUACGUUACGUUGAUAAUAAUGGGAAAGUAAAAGAGAGACUUCUUGAAAUUAAUGAAUGUACGGAUAAAACUGAAUUUGGGAUUGCUAAGAAUAUUUACGAUACCUUAGUAAGAAACGAAUUAAAUCCAGACUUCAUCGCUUUUCAGUCUUAUGAUUUUGCCUCAAGCAUGUCUGGCCAAUUCCAUGGUACGCAAAAAGAACUUUCAAGACUGGCCAAUCACCAUAUACCUUAUAUCCCAUGUCAAGCGCACCGUAUUAAUACCUUUUUAGAACAUGGCUGCAAUGCUAGUGUCAUAAUACUAAACUUAAUUGGUAACCUAGAGAGUCUAUAUGUUUUUUUUUAA